AUGACAGUCCCAUCAUCUCCUCCAUCUCGCCUAGAUUUGGGCGUCGGAUGGAUCGGUUUGAAACAUGGCUUCUUAUUGAAGGGCAGAAGCACAAAGAAAGGUCGAGUUUCAAAGAAAAGCCCAGAGUCACAGAAAUCAGGAGACAAUAUGGAGAAACAAUCUACAAGCAAUGCCAACAACGUGUUUCAUCCUCAGAACUUGAACGAGGAGGUAAACGAUUCAAGCAGCAGAGCUUCUAUAAACAUCAUACUCAACCACGAUUUCUCUGGAGGACUACAUCUGUGGCACCCCAAUUGUUGUGAUGCUUUUGUGAUUUCUGAAGAGUCUGGUAACUCUGAAGGAAUACCUGCCAAGCUAAGUGGUCGCUAUGCUGUUGUAACUAAUCGGAGUGAAUGCUGGCAAGGCUUGGAACAAGACAUUACCAACCAAGUUUCCAUGGGUUCCACUUACACAGUUUGUGCUUGGGUGGCAGUGUCUGGGGCUCACCACAGUAUUUCUGAUGUGCUGGCCACUCUAAAACUUGAAUACCAAGAUUCAGCAGUUAGUUAUUUGUUCAUUGGAAGAAUUUCUGCGACAAGGGAGCGUUGGGAGAAAGUGGAAGGUACAUUUUCACUGUCAACUAUGCCUGAUCGAGUUUUAUUUUAUCUAGAAGGACCUUCCCCUGGUGUUGACCUACUCAUAAGAUCUGUAAUGGUUUCCUGCUCUAGUUCGGCUGAAUAUGAUGGCCGAAGCACAGGAUCUAUCUGUGAUGAAGAUGAGAACAUAGUUCUGAAUCCAAAAUUUGAUGAUGGCCUUCAAAACUGGUCCGGAAGAGGUUGCAAGAUUGUCUUGCAUGACUCUAUGGCAGAUGGCAAAGUCCUUCCAAUGUCUGGAAAGUUCUUUGCAUCUACAGCAGAUCGCACGCAGAACUGGAAUGGAAUUCAGCAGGAGAUAACGGGGAGAGUUAAACGAAAGAUUGCUUAUGAAGUUGCUGCUGUAGUUCGAAUAUAUGGUAAUAACGUCACUAGUUCAGAUCUUCGGGCUACAUUGUGGGUUCAGGCAGCAGAUCUCCGUGAACAGUACAUAGGGAUUGCCAGUGUGCAGGCAACAGACAAAGAUUGGGUGCAGUUGAAGGGAAAAUUUCUCUUGAAUGGUUCCCCUUCAAGGGCAGUAAUUUAUUUAGAAGGUCCAUCUCCGGGCACUGACAUUCUCCUUAAUAAUCUAGUUGUGAAGCAUGCUGCAAAAGUCCCACCUUCAUCUCCACCAGUCAUCAAGGAUGCAACAUUUGGCGUUAAUAUUAUUGCUAACAGCAACCUCAGUGAUGGCACCAAUGGUUGGUUUCCCCUUGGAAAUUGUACUCUAUCCAUUGGAAAUGGUUCUCCACAUAUCCUUCCUCCCAUGGCUCGAGAUUCCCUUCGUCAUGAGCCAUUAAGUGGUCGCUAUAUACUUGUGACCAAACGUACUCAGACGUGGAUGGGCCCCGCUCAGAUGAUAACGGAUAAAUUGAAACUCUAUUUGACAUAUCAAGUGUCUGCAUGGGUUCGGAUUGGCACUGGUGCAACUAGACCUCAGAAUAUUAACGUUGCUCUUGGCGUGGACAGCCAAUGGGUAAAUGGUGGCCAAGUUGAGAUUAAUGAUGACAGAUGGCACGAAAUUGGAGGAUCUUUUAGAAUUGAGAAGCAACCAGCAAAGUUAAAGAGCGAAACCGAUAAGAUACGCAAGCGUAAUGUCAUCUUGAAAUUUUCCACAUCUGAUUCAACCACUUUGCUUGGCACGAAUGUGAAAAUUAGACAAAUGCAAAAUAGUUUCCCGUUUGGAUCAUGUGUGAGUAGAUCAAACAUUGACAAUGAAGACUUCGUUGAUUUCUUCUCCAAAAACUUCAACUGGGCUGUCUUCGGAAAUGAAUUGAAGUGGUAUUGGACAGAAGCGCAGCAAGGAAACUUGAAUUACAAGGAUGCCGAUGAGCUCUUGAACUUUUGUGUAAGCCAUAACAUUCAAGUCAGGGGUCACUGUAUCUUCUGGGAGGUGGAGUCCGCAGUUCAGACAUGGAUACGCACUUUGAACAAAAAUGAUCUGAUGUCAGCUGUUCAAAACCGUCUAUCCAGCCUCCUCACACGCUACAAGGGAAAAUUUAAGCACUAUGAUGUGAAUAAUGAAAUGCUGCACGGUUCAUUCUAUCAAGAUCAUUUGGGAAAAGAUAUCAGGGCAAAUAUGUUCAAGAAUGCUAAUCAACUGGAUCCUUCUGCCAUCCUAUUUGUGAAUGAUUACCAUAUCGAGGAUGGUUCUGACUCACAAUCAUCUCCGGAGAAGUACAUUGAGCACAUUCUUGAUCUCCAAGAACAGGGAGCACCUGUCGGAGGAAUAGGCAUACAGGGGCAUAUAGACAGUCCAGUUGGGCCAAUUGUCUGUUCUGCCCUUGAUAAGUUGGGAAUUCUUGGACUUCCAAUAUGGUUCACGGAACUUGAUGUGUCUUCCAACAAUGAGUAUGUUAGAGCUGAUGAUUUGGAAGUCAUGCUUCGGGAAGCUUUUGCACACCCUGCAGUCGAUGGCGUUAUGUUGUGGGGAUUCUGGGAGUUGUUCAUGAGUCGAGAUAAUGCACAUUUAGUGAAUGCUGAAGGGGAUAUUAAUGUAGCCGGUAAAAGAUAUCUUGCUCUUAAGCAAGAGUGGUUGACUCGUACUCAUGGCCAUAUAGACGAACAAGGUCAGUUUGAGUUUAGAGGAUUUCAUGGAUCGUAUGAAGUUGAAGUUGUUACUCUUUCAAAGAAAGUGACCAAGACAUUUAUCGUUGAUGAAGGGUUGGAGCCAGUCGCUAUUGCUUUAAAGAGAGAAACCGAUAAGAUACGCAAGCGUAAUGUCAUCUUGAAAUUUUCCACAUCUGAUUCAACCACUUUGCUUGGCACGAAUGUGAAAAUUAGACAAGUGCAAAAUAGUUUCCCGUUUGGAUCAUGUGUGAGUAGAUCAAACAUUGACAAUGAAGACUUUGUUGAUUUCUUCUCCAAAAACUUCAACUGGGCUGUCUUCGGAAAUGAAUUGAAGUGGUAUUGGACAGAAGCGCAGCAAGGAAACUUGAAUUACAAGGAUGCUGAUGAGCUCUUGAACUUUUGUGUAAGCCAUAACAUUCAAGUCAGGGGUCACUGUAUCUUCUGGGAGGUGGAGUCUGCAGUUCAGACAUGGAUACGCACUUUGAACAAUAAUGAUCUGAUGUCAGCUGUUCAAAACCGUCUAUCGGGCCUACUCACUCGCUACAAGGGAAAAUUUAAGCACUAUGAUGUGAAUAAUGAAAUGCUGCACGGUUCAUUCUAUCAAGAUCAUUUGGGAAAAGAUAUCAGGGUAAAUAUGUUCAAGAUUGCUAAUCAACUGGAUCCUUCUGCCAUCCUAUUUGUGAAUGAUUACCACAUCGAGGAUGGUUGUGACUCACGAUCAUCCCCGGAGAAGUACAUUGACCACAUUCUUGAUCUCCAAGAACGGGGAGCACCUGUUGGAGGAAUAGGCAUACAGGGGCAUAUAGACAGUCCAGUUGGGCCAAUUGUCUGUUCUGCCCUUGAUAAGUUGGGAAUUCUUGGACUUCCAAUAUGGUUCACAGAACUUGAUGUGUCUUCUGACAAUGAGUAUGUUAGAGCUGAUGAUUUGGAAGUCAUGCUUCGGGAAGCUUUUGCCCACCCUGCAGUCGAUGGCGUUAUGUUGUGGGGAUUCUGGGAGUUGUUCAUGAGUCGAGAUAAUGCACAUUUAGUGAAUGCUGAAGGGGAUAUUAAUGUAGCCGGUAAAAGAUACCUUGAUCUUAAGCAAGAGUGGUUGACUCGUGCUCAUGGCCAUAUAGACGAACAAGGUCAGUUUGAGUUUAGAGGAUUUCAUGGAUCGUAUGAAGUUGAAGUUGUUGCUCAUUCAAAGAAAGUGACCAAGACAUUUAUCGUUGAUGAAGGGUUGGAGCCAGUCGCUAUUGCUAUCAAUUUAUAG